UAUAUACUCCGCUGAACUGCCCUCUGUCCGAUGCACUGUGUGCUGCUUCGGUUGCUAAGGAACCACUGAAUGCAGGUGGCCCAAAGAUAAUGGUGGCAAAGUGAGAAAGCUGGUCAAUCUGGCUGGUUGAGGUGUGGAGGGGACACCACAAACCACGCCAAGAUUCUGUCUAUUUAGAUUUUCACUGCCCUCAGUACCUCUCCUCAUCGUCUCCAUGUCCAACCCUGGAUUGUAGCUACAAAUAUGGUGACGCUUAUAACAGAGCAGCUCCGUAAGCAGAGUUUGGAAGAGCCUUAUUACAAGGCUCUUUCAUUCAAUGCGAAUGUGUCAUUACCUGCAGUGGGCUCCAGUCCCACUGUAUCGUGGAGGGCAAGUAGAUCAACAGAAGAAAACAGCUUAGCUACACACCCAUCAACCAAAGCCAACCUUCAGGAUGAUUCCUGUGGACCAGACUUCCUAUGGCACACUUCUCAAUCUGGAGAAUUUCUCCAGAGAUCAGAAGUGUCCUUCACAGACAUGGCUCUCCAAAGCUCCCCUCCACCGCCUCCUUCAAAACGCCAUUGCAGAUCCCUCUCUGUCCCAGAGGACUUGUCUCAAUGGCAUCCUUGUGCAUCCAAGAUUUGGACCCCUGUAAAACAUGGAUUCCGAAGUGGAGGAGCAUCUGGUUCAUACUCUGGAGCUAGCUCUUUGCGACUUUGUGGUCCAAGUUCCCCCUUCACCUCUUCCUCACUUCACUCAUCUUCUAGUCCCACGUUUUUUAGUUUAGCACUGUCCUCUGACUCCCCAAUACCAUGGAGCUUCCCAUGGGACUCCUGUGAAAAACUGAGAGGAACAUGUUCUGCCUCCUUUGCUGCUCCUUCCUCCUGCUCUUCUUCACCAACCCCCUUGGUUUCUCACUCAGUGCUACAGCGCCGCCUUUCCCUCUCCCCUGUGCAUAUUCAGGAUGCCUCUGUAAGUCUUCUGCCUCCCAAACCCUCCACUGCUUCUGCUUUGACUUAUGGCGGUUGUGGUAUGGAGCAACCUGCCCUUUCCCCUUCUCCCACAUCUGCCUGCAGCACACCUUCCUCCUAUAGACGCCAACUUCACCCUGCGCUGCCGCGGUGCCACUCGCAGCCCUGUGACAUGCGCAGACCUCGUUUGAAGAGACGCCAUGACCCAGAUGUUCUGCCCUGCCCCAGACCGGGACUUGACUUCAGUAAGAUGACACAGAUUGGCAAUCGUGACACAUCAGCGUGUGCUACAGGUGGCUGCGUGGUGCAAGUGUCUUUCCAGGCAGAGCAGCACUCAGCCUUCUCCCCUGCCGAGUUCCUGGGACGAGCCAGCAUUGAGCCACUAAGUGAAAGUGAAGAGGAGGAAGAGGAGGAUGAAGAUAAAAGAAAUAGGACCGCGGUAGAAGGCAGACAAAAGAUUGUUUUUGAAAGAGAUUGCACUGAACUGGAUUUGAACCUUAUAGAAGAGAACUGACCGCCCCUGCUGCUCCCAGUGUGAUUACUGCAUUCAUAACCAUGUUAAGCACACAUCUAGGCUCAUGUGCUCCUCUCACUAACUACUUGGGAACCUGUUGCAAUAUUGAAGCAGAAACACAGAGUUAAUAAUCAAGAACCAAGCAGUUGGAAGUUGAUAUCAAAUUACAAUUUUAUAGGGAAAUCUGCAUGAGUCAGCUAGUUUUCAUGCACAAAUAAUUUCUUCGGUUGCGUUAAGCAUUGGUAUGUAUCUUGAUAACCUUACAUACUGUAUCCUCAUCAAAGAACACUAUAUACUGAAGUUAGCAGAAUGCGCUAUUCAAAUUAGUCAUUAGUAUUUUGGAAACACUCAACGAAGUUUCAUUGGAUAGAGGUAAGCACUCUUCUGUGCCCCAUCAGCAUUGUCUACUUUUGCGUUUGGGAUUCUGAAUUUCAAAAUGACUGUAUGCUAGCUGUGAGAGAUUGACAUGAUGUGCAUGUCUGAAUAACAUUAGAGUCGUAAACAAACAUACUGUCAUGAUUGAUGCUCUCCCACUGGUUUUAACAGGAUAAACACUCUGAUGAACUAUCUCCACUUCUUGUUCAGAGAUCACAAAAAAUGCCUCUUUUUUUUUUUUUACUUCUGUUCUGUGAUGAACUUAGCGUGUGCUUUGGAAGCAACUCUGUAUCAUCAGAGGAAAUUCUUCUUGUUAAUGCAGAAAGAAUGGCUCCCUCUUUGGUUCACAUAUGAACUUCAAUAAUACUGAUGAAACUUCAAGAUGAUCAUGCCUUAAGCUUAUAACACAGAGUUGUUGGUGCUCUGGUCUUCAUUUUUGCAAUCUCCACUUCAAUUAUUCAGAGACGUAUCAAUCAGUGGCACAUGCAGUAAAACAAGCAGCAGAAUAACUGAAUCGAUGCUGCAGCUGGACUCCAUAAGGCACAACGUAAUGUAUUGUACAAUGGUUAGAGGGAGUACACGCAUAAAGCAAAUUCCUGGGUGGAUGUUAAAAGGCAGUGGUAAUGCAGAUGAUUUGGUGGCCUUUCAGAAAUGAUUUUCAUGUAUUUUUGAGAUAGAAAUAUGUUGCACAAUUUAUGUACGAAUAAAAUUCAAUAGAAUAUUUUUUUCUUUUUCAAA